GCCUGGACGGGCGGGCACAGUGUAGGGUUACAGUCCAUUUAUGGGCGCAGCAGAGGGCAGAUAUCAGUGUCGAUGGCAUUUGUUCCCAGCUAUUCUUAGGAGCCUCUCAGAAGCGCCACACAGCCCAGCCAACAGCCAGGGACAGAGCAGAGGCUGCCGCUGUCCGCACCAGCAUGUCUUACAGCGUGACCCUGGCGGGGCCUGGGCCCUGGGGCUUCCGUCUGCAAGGGGGCAAGGACUUCAACAUGCCGCUCACCAUCUCCCGGAUCACUCCAGGCAGCAAGGCGGCACAGUCCCAGCUCAGCCAGGGGGACCUCGUGGUAGCCAUCGACGGCGUGAACACAGACACCAUGACCCACCUGGAGGCCCAGAACAAGAUCAAGUCUGCCAGCUACAACCUGAGCCUCACCCUGCAGAAGUCGAAGCGACCCAUUCCCAUCUCCACGGCAGCGCCCCCGAUCCAGUCUCCUCUGCCAGUGAUCCCCCACCAGAAGGUCCACACAGAAGCGCUGGAUGCGUGUGGCCUCUCACUGCUCUCUUCUCUCUCCCCUGCAUGGCGGCCACCCUGUGCCAGGACCCUGCUCUGGACACCAACCCCGAGGUGCGGGCCGGCCCGGGCACGGAGGUCAGGCAGACCUUAGGCGCCUCCUUCUCCCAGACCUCCGCCUUCUCCUCCCACAUGGAGGCCUCUGACCCUGGUCCUCCUCAGGGCAGCCCGGGGGCCAAGACCAGCUCGGAGGGAGCCCUGCACUCGCUCAGCCCGAAAGCGCCCCAGGGCUCGAGCCAGCCCAGGCAGUAUAACAACCCCAUUGGCCUGUACUCGGCGGAGACGCUGAGGGAGAUGGCUCAGCUGUAUCAGAUGAGCCUCCGAGGAAAGGCCUCAGGUGCUGGACUCCCAGGAGGGAGCCUUCCGGUUAAAGACCUCGCGGUGGACAGCGCCUCUCCCGUGUACCAGGCUGUGAUUAAGAACCAGAACAAGCCGGAAGAUGAGGCUGAUGAGUGGGCCCGCCGCUCCUCCAACCUUCAGUCUCGCUCCUUCCGCAUCCUGGCCCAGAUGACAGGAACUGAGUACAUGCAAGACCCUGAUGAGGAAGCUUUGCGAAGGUCAAGCACCCCUACUGAGCAUGCUCCAGUGUGCACCAGCCAGGCCACCACCCCGCUGCUGCCCGCUUCUGCCCAGCCGCCUACUGCUGCCUCUCCCAGCGCAGCCUCGCCACCCCUGGCUGCAACCGCUGCCCAUGCUGCCACUGCCUCUGCCUCGGCCCCUGCUUCAAGCCCUGCGGACAGUCCCAGGCCCCAGGCUUCUGCUCACGGUGCGGCCCCGGCGACCUCUCCGGCACCUGCUGCCCACCCGUACACGGAAGCCCCAGCAGCUGCUGCGCCCAGGCCUCGGGUUGUCACCACGGCCAGCAUCCGGCCUUCUGUCUACCAGCCAGUGCCUGCAAAUACCUACAGCCCAUCUCCGGGGGCCAAUUACAGCCCAACUCCCUACACCCCCUCGCCUGCCCCCGCCUACACCCCCUCGCCUGCCCCCACCUACACCCCCUCCCCUGCCCCUGCCAAUACCCCCUCGCCUGCCCCCACCUACUCCCCCUCCCCAGCACCAGCCUACACCCCCUCGCCUGCCCCGAGCUAUGAGCCUGCACCCUCAGUGGCCCACAGCAGGGGUCCUGCUGAACCUUCCAGCCGCCCCCCUUGGGCCACAGACGACAGCUUCUCUCAGAAGUUUGCUCCUGGCAAGAGCACCACUUCUAUCAGCAAGCAGCCCCUGCCUGGAGGGACCUCUGCCUACACCCCAGGUUCCCAGGUGUCCCCCCUCGCCAGGGGCACCUUCCAGAGGGCUGAGCGCUUCCCAGCCAGCAGCCGGACUCCGCUCUGUGGCCACUGCAACAACGUCAUCAGGGGCCCCUUCCUGGUAGCCAUGGGCCGCUCCUGGCACCCAGAGGAGUUCAACUGCGCUUACUGCAAGUCCUCCCUGGCCGACGUGUGCUUCCUGGAGGAGCAGGGCGCCGUGUACUGCGAGCGGUGUUACGAGCAGUUCUUUGCCCCGAUCUGUGCCAAGUGCAACACCAAGAUCAUGGGGGAGGUGAUGCACGCCCUGAGGCAGACGUGGCACACCAGCUGCUUCAUCUGCGCAGCCUGCAAGAAGCCCUUCGGGAACAGCCUCUUCCACAUGGAAGACGGGGAGCCCUACUGUGAGAAAGACUACAUCACUCUGUUCAGCACCAAGUGCCACGGCUGCGAUUUCCCUGUGGAGGCUGGUGACAAGUUCAUCGAAGCCCUGGGUCAUACCUGGCACGACACCUGCUUCAUUUGUGCAGUCUGCCAUGUGAAUCUGGAGGGGCAGCCGUUCUACUCCAAGAAGGACAAACCCCUGUGCAAGAAGCACGCGCACGCCAUCAACGUGUAGGGAGCCCGGGCGGGGCAGGCGGGCCGCUGCCGCUGCCGCUGCCGGAGGAACGGAGACCCUGACGGAUGGAGAGGGAAGCACCGAGCGCUCCUGAGUGUAACUUAGUCCUUCUCUGCACAGACUGUGCAUUUGCCUAGUUCAGACUAGAAGCCAAAUGGAGGUUCCUAAGCCAAAGUAGUAAUUAACCCCAGACUGGAAUUGCACCUCGGACGUUUAGGACCGCAUCCUGGGAACUCAAAAGUGAAAAACAAAAAGUAACUUUAACUUUCCCCAGCGAUGCACGUCCCGGGCCACCAGCGCCAGGCGAGCGGGCGGAGGAGGCUCCAAGGCCGGGCUCCGGGCUCCGGGCUCCGGGCUCCGGGUAGGCAGCGCCACGUGCCGACGGGGCGGGUGUCCUCACGGGGCGGGGGUCCGCCGAGCCCAGGGGGCGCGGGGAGGCCUCCCUGCGGGGAGGAGGUGGCGUCCUGGCUGGUGCGGCUCGGACCUCAGGCCUCAGACCUGGAAGGAGCGCGGUCAGGGAGCCCCGCCUCGCAGGGCCAGGUCCUCCCCUCCCCGCUCCCCCAAUCCCCCUCCCCCCCUCGCCCCCACCCUCCCAGCCAGAGGCGGUUCUGCAGCUCCGCUCUCAGUCGGAGGCCGCGAUGUCCCAGACGCUUAGCUCCUUUACAAGUCGCGACGGGAAAGUGACUGCGGGUUUUCCCGGCUUCGCUUUACCGCGCGGGAGAGACUGAAAGCCUCCCCGUUCGGUCUGGCCUUGUGUGUGUGCGGCUGGGGCCCGCCCC